AUGUUAGAGGCCAAGCUAAACAAUGCAUCCAUUUUGAAGAAGCUAUUUGAGUGCAUCAAAGAUUUGGUAAAUGACGCAAAUGUGGACGCAGACGAAAGCGGGUUAAAGUUACAAGCACUGGAUGGGAACCAUGUAUCGUUAGUCAGUUUGCACUUACUUGACUCGGGUUUCUCUCACUACAGAUGUGAUCGUGAAAGAGUGUUGGGGGUAAAUAUCGCUUCACUAAAUAAAGUCUUCAAAUUAUGUGGCGCCAAUGAAUCUGUAGUAAUAUCCAGCAAAGAUGAUGAAGAUAAUUUGAACUUCGUUUUCGAAAAUAAUAAAGAAGACAAAGUUACCAACUUUUCCCUCAAAUUAAUGUCCAUCGAAUUGGACUCUCUUAACAUCCCAGACUGUGAGGAAGGAUUCGAUGCAGAAGUAGAAUUGAGUAGCAAAGAAUUGACCAACAUUUUUAGGAAUCUAUCUGAAUUCUCCGACACGGUAUUUAUCGAAAUAGACUCUAAUAUUAUCAAAUUUACGACAAAAGGUUUAGUCGGUGACGCAGAAGUUGCGUUAAAACCAAGGGAAUCAACAAGUGAAGAUGACGUCGGUGUUACCAUAAAAUCUAGAAAAAAAAUUAAACAGUCCUUUGCUAUUAAAUACUUAAAUUUGUUUUCUAAGUCAACCAUCCUGUGUGAUGUAGUUACCCUCGGCUUAAGUGACAACAGACCCAUCGAAUUUAAGUACGAAAUUAAGGACACCUCCCCGGAUGCAGACACUCUGAAAGUUGGCUUUGUUAAAUUCUUCUUGGCGCCUAAAAUGGACGACGAAAUGGAUAACAAGGAUUAA